UUAUUCGAGGUUUGCCGAAAUCCUAAUAACAAGUUAAAAUUUUCCUCUCCGCGCUCAAUUUCCUCUCUCUUGCAAUUGCAUCCUCCUUGAAUCCCACGGACCCUUCCGUUUUGCAAAAUUUUAGUUGGAGCCCAGAAUUCGCGCUCCAACAAAAUGGACUUGGCUUGGGCUCCACAAGAUGGCGAAGAGUGGGAGCUCCGCCACGACGACGACGGCUUCACCUACAAAAUCCUCAAGCGCCAACGCCUCACCGACCCAUCUGCCGCUGUUUCACAACUUCCAUUCACAGAUCCAAAAGUUGAAGCGAAGCAAAGGAGAGAACGCAAAAGAAACACACUCUUGAAACUUAAAAAUCAGUACCAAAAUGAGAUCCACAAGUGGGAAGUUUUAUCGAAUACCUUGCGUUCAAUGGAAGAAAAGACCAAAGAAGUGAACCAAGCUGCCUCGUAUUUGGGUUCCAGUAAUUCUUCUGUGGUCAAAAAGAGCGAGGAUUCUUCUGGGUCGUUAGUUGAUGAGCUUCUCUUGCAGGCAGAGACACAAGAGGCAAUAAUCCGUGACAUAUCGAAUUUAUGCGAUGUAGCUGAAGCAAUGUGUGAUGCCCAGCAAGAACAGUUAGUUCAAUCAUUUAUUGAUCUGCCAGUCUGGUCUUCACCGCGUGAGCUCAUGAAAUCCCUCUGCGACGAGUAAGUCUUAUCUUGGGGUGGUUAAAUAAGUAGUCUUGUGAAGUUGAUGCUCACGUAGUGAAAUAUUUUGUCUUGUAGAUCUCUUUGUUCUUAAUGUAAGUCUUCUUGGUGCUUUUCUAAUGUUCUGUGAUCAUGUAAAUUAGUAGAAAUUGUGGCUUAGAGAAAUAUCUGUGGGAGAACGGUUUUUAGCAAGUAAGUUGUGGUAUAUUCGAGUUAGUGAAAUGUUUGUUUGUUAACCUUGAGCACUGUUUUACUUUCCAGUGUAGAAAGAUGUCAAAAUUUCUUUCACUAUGGUUGCAAUGAUUAGAGAUGGUGAAAGAAUGUGGCCGGAUCUCAUGCCUACGAUUUUUCCAUGCAGAAUGAAAAUUUCAGUGCAGUUUGGUUUCGAA